AUUCUUUUUUUUUUUUUCCACAUAAAGUAAACUUUUAAAUGAUGUCAUUACUCCAAAAAUACAACUUGGUGUUUGAUGAUGCCUUUAUGAAUUAUGAUUAGUUGAUUAUUAUAACUCAAAUGUCUGUAUUUUAUAUUCACAAUUCAUAAUGCAAAGUCGCAAUUGACAUAUGUAGAUACUUUCCAGAUUUGUAAAAUAUUUUUUUUCUCAAAGUGUCCUAAUCGCUUCAGUGAUUCUUAAAAGGUAGUUGGAGUUAAAUAAUUUAUGUUUACUAUUUAAAUUUUGCUAUACCUACUAUUCUUUAUCGUACUCAGAGGCUACACAUAAAUCAACACUUUUGAGAAUAACUGGUUUGGCUGAAGGGACUUCUUGAAGAUUUCGAAAUCACUUCAUCCCAACCAAUUACACUUCAAUACUCCAUUGUGAUGACCUGAUAAUCAACCAGUCAUGUACAUUGCACCUAACUCUGUUUUUCGUCAAAAGACAAAACUAGAGAUGUUAUAACGGGUUUCUUUAGCGGGUUUUUAAUGGGUAUUAAAAAUAAACAAAAGUCCAUUUAGACCCAAUUAGGGUACUGGGUUUUUAAUGGGUUAUCCGAUUAAGACCCACUUAUUAUAUGGGGUUUAGCUAAAAUAAAUGGGGAUCCUACUAACCCAUUUAAGUUUUUUUUCUUUAAUCAAAAACGUUGUUGGACAGAUUUUCUAAUUAUAUAAAAAAAAAAAAAAAAUCUGUCUACUCUUUCUCUCCGCCGAAUCUCAAUCUCUACAAGCAUCGAAUGUUUGAUCUCUCUUCCUAUCAACUUCCAUAUUUAUAUCUUCUGGGUAUCGUUUAUUUUAGUGGACGGCGGAGAAUCAUCAUCGGUCGGAGAAGGACAAAAAAAAAGUUACAUCAUGGAUCAGUUAAUAGACAUGAAUGAAGAAGAUGCUCUAGCUGAGAUAAAUUUAGAAGAUACACAACCACAAGCACAACAAAGUGAAACUCAAGUAGGGGAAUCAACUCAAGCUCCACGCAAGAGACGUAAAACAUCGCUCGUUUGGGAAGACUUUGUGUCUGUGGGAGUAGAAGAAGAUGGCAAAGAAAGGGCCAAGUGUUUGCAUUGCGGUACGAAGUUAGUGACACGUAGUGAAACGAAUCACAACUUUGGGACUCAUCAUCUUCAACGCCACUUGGAUACUUGUUCAAAGAAGCCUUUGAAGGAAGCUAAACCUGCAUAUGAUCAAAAGAUAGAUCGUGGUCUAAUUAGUGAGGUAAUCAUAUAUCAUCUCCCUUUUAGAUAUGUAGAAUAUGAGAAGGUCCGAGAACGAGACAAGUAUUUAAAUCCAGAGUUUCAGCCUAUUUGUAGACAGACCGCUGCUGCUGAUGUUUUUAGGAAGUAUGAAAUAGAAAAAGAAAAGCUGAAAAAAGUGUUUGCUAGCCACCUUGGUCGGGUUUGCUUCACUUCUGAUCUCUGGACAUCUCGUCCUCAUAACUUAGGAUAUAUAUGUCUUACUGCGCACUUCAUUGAUGAUGGUUGGAACUUGCAUAGUAAGAUUCUGGCUUUUUGUGAUUUUAAACCGCCACACACAGGAGAAGAAAUCGCUAAUAAGAUUUUCGAGUGUAUGAUGGAAUGGGGUUUAGAUAAGAAGGUGUUCUCUAUUACCUUGGACAAUGCUACUAACAAUGAUAGUAUGCAGAGAAACCUCAAGGAAAAGCUUCAGAUGAUUAGUGGUUCUGGCUUGUUACGUGAUGGCAAAUUUUUGCAUAUAAGAUGUUGUGCUCACAUUCUGAAUUUGAUAGUAAAAGAAGGCUUAGAAUUAGCAAAGGAUCUCCUGUAUAACGUCAGGGAAAGUGUUAGAUACGUGAAGGCAUCUCAGACAAGAAUUCAAGUGUUUGCAGCGUGUGUAGAGGGAGUGAGGAGUGGAAGUGGAGCUGGUUUAUCACUGGAUGUUCCUACUAGGUGGAAUUCUACGUAUGAAAUGCUAGUUAGGGCAUUGAAGUUCAGGAAAGCAUUUGAAAACUUGGAUGUUGUUGACAGAAACUACCAUUCAUUACCUUCUGAAGAUGAGUGGAAUCGUGGAGAAAAAAUAAGUGAGUUGCUGAAACCUUUCAGUAUCAUUACUACUCAUUUUUCAGGAUCUAAGUAUCCCACAUCUUGUGUGUACUUCACUCAAGUUUGGAGGAUUGAGCUACUGCUGAAAAAUUUUGCGAGUUGUGAUGAUUAUGAUCUGAGGCAAAUGGCUAAAGAUAUGCAAGUUAAGUUUACUAAGUACUGGGAAGAAUACAGCAUCAUUUUGGCUAUGGGAGCAAUAUUAGAUCCAAGAAUGAAGUUGGAUGUGCUUGAGAAAGCUUAUGAGAGAGUGGAUCCUGCUACUUCUAGCUUAAAACCUGAAGUACUUAGGACUAACUUGAUUGAUCUUUAUAAGGAGUAUCAGGAUGGGACCCGAGGCAGUUCUUCAGGUGCUUCAUCUGUUCCAAAUCCACAGGAUCUAGUUACUGAAUCUCCUCUUGAAGAUGAUUUAGACAAUGUAAGUUCUUAGCAUCAUCACUCAUAUUUUUCAUUUACCCGGCCGUUUGGUUGCUUGAUUGAACUCAUUUACAUGAUCUAGUUGCUUCUAACUUUCAAUUUAAUAUUAGGAUCUCUUUGAACUAGAAAGAAGCCUUGGAAGUGAUAUGGGAAACACAAAAACACAUUUAGAUGUGUAUUUGGAGGAGAAAAGGCUAGAUAGAAAGUCAUUUCCUGAUUUGGAUGUUUUAAGCUAUUGGAGAGAGAACCAGUCUAGAUUUGGUGAUUUAGCUACUAUGGCACGUGAUAUUCUUAGUAUCCCAAUCACUACAGUUGCUUCAGAAUCAGCAUUUAGCAUUGGUGGUCGAGUCUUAACUCCCUACAGAAACCGUUUGCUUCCCAAGAAUGUUCAAGCUUUGCUUUGUAGCCGUAACUGGCUGCGUGAAUUUGCAGAAUAUGAAGGUAAAUUUCAUAAUUUAUUAAAACUAUUGUAUAAUGUGUUUUAUGCUAAUUCACCUGUUGACUUGUAGGUACUACAGAAGAUGUUGAUGAUAUGUGCAAGGAAGAUGAUGUUGGGAAGACUACAAGUGCUUCUGGAGUUGGAAGUUCAAGAUCAGAAGGCUCAAGUGUACCACCAUGAAACAUGUUUGAGACUUUCUUUUAUUAUGUUUGGAAACAUAACGAGAACAAUUUGGUGCCUUUGUUUUGGUAGUUAUUGAACUUGUUUAAGUUAUUAAGUUUGUUAUUGUAAUGCCACUUUGAGAUUCUAGUUAUUUGAUUAUAUAUUUGCUGGCAUCAGUCGUAUGUAGCAACUAGCAAGUAAGCAACUCCAUUAUUCUUGUUUGGUGUCUCACAGUUUCACGACUCUCUCUUGAUCCUUGGUUUUAAUAUGUUCCCACAUUUGGGUUCAAUUAAUAUCAAAAGUUUCAAACAUUUCUUUCACAAUUGAAGAUUUUUUUAUUAUUAUACAUGUUUUCAAAUUGUUUUUAUUAUUUUAUUUUAUUUAAAUUAAAUUAAGUAGUGACCAUUAAAAAUUACAAUAUUAUUUAAGAAUAUAAAUUUUUGUACCAUAAAAUUUGAUUUACAAUAUAAUUAAAACAAGAAAGGUAUGAAACAAAUUAAAAAAAGAGUUAAAUGAGUCUAAAUGGGUCUUAAUGGGUCAAGGUAAAAUUUGUGGGUUUAAAUGGGGAGCCCUAAUAGACCUUAAAACUAAAUGGGUCUAAAUGGGGUGGGUUCUAAAUGGGGUGGGUUUACCCAUUUUAACAUCCCUAGACAAAACACAUUAAAGUUGACUACUACUACAUCAAUACAAGUUCAACCAGGGCUGGUUUAAGAGACAUGGCAAUGGGGUGUGGGCUCAGGGCCCCAACUUUCUUUUAGCAUAAAUAGUACUGGGAUAAG